GAGCGCAGUCGCUGCUGUGGCCGAGCGGAGGCAGCGCCGUCCGUCGUCCUGUCCCGGGCGGGAGCGCGGGCUGCUCGGCCCGAUGGAGGCCGCCUACGUGUACCGGCUGGCGGGCGCGCUGGGCUCCGAGCUCCAGCGGCUCUCGGAUCGCUUCGGGCCGGACGCCUUGGCCGGGCUGGUGUCGCAGGUGGUGCGCCUCCUCGAAGUCCUAGAGACGCUGGCCGCGGCCGGAGCAGCAGGUGGCCUCGGCGGGGCUCCGGAGUGGACGAGCGGGCUGCUGGAAGCACCGUCCGACGAGGACCCUCCCGCGGCCGCGGCGCAGCGCUCGAGGCAGGUGGCGGAGCAGCAGCUAGCCGAGGCCCGGGAGAGGGAGCGGCGGCUCCGGAGUCGGCUGGCCCUGCUGGAAGAGGAGCAGCAGCGAGCUUUGAGCCUGUUGGCAGGCGGCCAAGCCCAGAAAGACAGCGCUUUGUGCAAAGAGCGGGAGGUGAUGCUGCAGCUCAAGGAGGUGGUGGAUCACCAGAGGGACAGGAUCCGGGCCCAGGACCACAAGAUCCAGCGCAAGGUCCAGGACACAGAGGCACUGCAGGAACAGCUCAACCGCUUCAUGACCAUGAACGAGAACCUUCGCCGGAAGCUGGCCAUCGUGCAGGUGCAGCUCAGGAGCGCCCUGGAGAAGAAGAUGGAGGUGGAGGCCUGCUGGGAAGCAGAAAGGCAGAGCAGAGCAGCUGAGCCCAUGAGGACUGGUGCCACCACGGGAGAGGAGGAGGGGGGUGCGGCAGUGGCCCCUGCACCCCUGGAACACCUGCCUGGCCAGCGCUCCUUCUCCAAAGAAGAGCUGCAGCAGAUCCUUCAAGAACGCAAUGAACUCAAGACCAGCCUUUUCUUGGUGGAGGAGGAGCUGGCCUAUUACCAGCGGGAGCUGCUUAAUGAUGAGUGGGUCCCAGCCCUCCUCCUGGAUGCGGUGAAGUCUGCCAUCAAGAAACAGCGCAAAAAGAUCUGGGCCAAGAUGCUGGGGACGGAAGAGGAGCCGACGGGCAGGGAGGAGGAGGAGGAGGAGGGGUGGCCGGCAGACCCCCCUGGCUCCGACCGCAUGGAUGGCCGCCUGCCUGAAUCCAGGAUCAAGAGCUUUUUCAGCCAGUGGUAUCACCGAACCCCCCAGGCCAGCCCCACUGAAGGCAGGAACACUGGAACCUGGGAGAUCGUCAGCGCAGAAGAUGUGGGUCCGGGGGAGGAAGAGAGAGAAGAUAAAGGGCCCUGUGCCUCCCCUGCCCCGGGCAGAACCUCCCCGCUUCCCUGAGCCAGGGGCAGCUGCCUGGAUCUGCAGGGCUGCCCAUCUGGGCUCCAGAAGGGUGCCUCUGCCCAGAAGGAAAUGCUUUUAAAGGGGCUGAUGUGGUUGUGCAGGCAGCCUGGGGGCACCAACUCUCCCAGACCCCAUCUGUUGCUGCCAGCUGGCACCAGCACAGGCCCAGGAUCCCUCCAGGGAGUCUGCCAUGAGCCCAGUCCCUGAGCAGAAGGCAGCUGUUCAUGUGCUCUGGAAGUGCUGUGCUGCCCUCAGAUUGUGCCCAGAAACCCCGGCGUGGCUUAUGUCCUUGGGAGGAAACGGGCCUAUCCAAUGCACCUCUCAAAAUCUUCCACCUGGCACUUCCUCCAUGCAGUUAUACACAUUCUGGGAACCUGCCCCUGGACAAGAUUUUUAUAUGGAUUGCCGAUCUGCAGCCUUCCAGGGUGACUAGCUAGAGUGAAACAUUAACACUGAACCUUUAACACCCAAACAGUAAGAAGCUAAAAAUAUGAACAAUAAAGCAGCAAAACAUGCAAGCAGGAAUGAAAACCCUUGCUGGUUAGAAGUGGAAAUAGCUAUCUUCUGGCACUGGAAAUCGAUUCAAGCAGGGCCAGCAGAGGGAGGGCAACGGGGCAGGAUGUCCCACAGCCAAGUCGGCCCCUCCUCCGCCUCCAUGGGCUGCUCAGAACAAGCCUCUCAUGCAGAUCUUGAACAAGGAGAAGCCCAAGCAUGAAGUGCUGCUUCCUCCUCUGAGUGAGUCUGGAGCCUGGAAACCCCCCUCCAGCCGCACCUCAUGGCAUUCCUCCCUCCCUUUCCUGAACCAAGAGAACAGCCACAGCUCAGCCCACCCUGACCCCAGGAAAGAGGACGUGGGCACUCCCCUCCAGGGUCCCCUGAGCUCAGCACAGAAGCCAGGAAGGCCUCAAGGGGAAGCUAAAAUGCCCUGGCAGAGGCCCAAGGGGCCUGGCAGAAAUGAAGGGAAGGGCAAUCAUGGGCCGGGGGAGGGUCAUGCUCAGUAGCCAGCCCCAUCGUAGGAGACGGCAUCUGAUUUGGCUCUGGAGAGUUGCUGUGGGAAUGAACCGAAGUCCUGCAGGGUUAGUAAAGCUCUUUAACUUGGUACAAAAUAAAAUCAUAGGUGGUUUUUGAC